CAGUGCAUCGCGCAGCUAGCGUGGCGAGCAGCCCGCGCGGGGUUUGCCAUGAAACGGACUCGGCGAAACAACGGCAAAAUGCGUUAUCAUGAGAACUGAGCUGAAUGCUCAGACGGGCUCGAGCCCCGCGCACCCGGACGUCGGCGUCUUCAAUAUAGUAGACGUAACACUUGAGCCAAGCUAUAUUGUUCAGUGAACCGGGAGUGAAAAGAGGCGUUUUAGGGGCUUUAGUAAACAGUUGGCUGUAGAAGCUGAACUAUUUCAGACUGGGGGAAAAUUCCGCUUCACACACUAAUUACAUGUCGUACAGAGCUUUGUGGAUGACGGUAUUUAUGAGCAAUCCUGUCAAUGUCUUACUUAACUGUAAAGCCCCGUGCUGUGUUGAAAUAUAACCUCCGGGCUGGACUGUAACAGGGCUCACAGAAGUCCAUCUUCUCUUAAAUGUUCCUUUGCUCCUCUGGAUUGCACAACUCUGAUGGGAUUGUGUGUGUCUGGGUGGGUGUGGGCUAGCAGAGGAUCUGGGGAUUUUGCAUGUGUCCAGCUGUCAUGGAGAACUGGUGGGAGCCUAACCAUCUCAGAUAACGCUCAGAAGAUUUUUGACCUCACUGCAGCUGGUCUGACUGAAGUUUAGGGACUGACAAGAUGCGUUCCACCAUUGACAUACCACCAAGCUCCCUUGGCAGAGGAGUCACUGGCAGCAGCAACAACAAUAACAACAGCAGCAGCAGAGAAAACAGUGGAAACUCAGGUUCCCAGUAUGCGCUAUGUGCUCUGGGGGUUGGGCUUAUUGCCCUCGGCAUUGUGAUGAUUGUGUGGAGUGUGGUACCUGCAGACGCAGCCAGUAAUAGUAGCAGCAGUUCAGGAGACAAUACUAAUAAUGGUCAAAGGAAAAAUAAAACAUCUUCUGUGGCCUUUGUCUUGGUGGGAUCUGGGGUGGUCAUGCUGCUGUUGUCCUUGUGCGUGGGAAUGCGGAACAAACAGCGGGAGCAGCAGAGGCUCCAGGAAGCCCAGAACCACGGAGGUGUAGCAGCCAGGCAGCAAGGGGAAAGAGAUAUUGCUGAGGAACAAGCCCAGCAAUAUGCUGUACCCACCUAUGAAGAGGUAGUAGGCAGUGGCCAGUACCCUGUUUGUCAGAGCAACCAUCGCCCAAGCUCCUCCCAUCUACCUUCCUACGAUGACCUGGUUGAAGUUGAUGGUGUACAGUAUGAAUGUGAGGGGCCAGAGGUCACAACUACCGGAUCACAGCCUGCUCCGGCUUCCAGUGCUCCCGCAUCAAAUCGCAGACCAGGGAAAAAUAGUCGCAAGCUCCUCCCUAUCAAGAUCCGAAGGAUUAAAUCAGAGAAGCUGCACAUGAAAAAUAUUGGUAACUCUCAGCCAGCAGCCGGAAUCAGUAUAGAACCACUUACUCCACCACCACAAUAUGAGGAUAAAGUGCCUCAACUUUAAGAUCAAGCUGAUCACGUUUAAAACAAUCUAACGAAAUUCCUGGAAUCUUUUAAGAUCACCUUUUGUGGAUCUGGAUCUGCCUUGUUAAGCCAAGACUUGAAGAUGGCUCCUCUUGCAGAACAUUCAGUGGCACUUUGUUAUGAAAUACAGUAUCUGUUCAAAUUCAUCAUUAAUGCCACAUCACUCCAAAGCAAAGAACCGAAAAAAAACUGUUUUAAAUUUUGGCUCUCACUGCAUCUCUGAAACAGAUACAAAAAGUGACACACAUAGUUGCUGUCAUAAUAGUUUUCUGUUUAUCUUGCUCUAUUGACCUCCGCUGUGCACUGACUGGACACGUGAGUGGACAGUGGAAGAAAUCAUAAAGAUAGAUAUGUGCAGGGCACUCAGUUUGUGAAGUAGCUGCACUUUCACUUUUCACCUUGAGAGGCUUUGGAUUACUACCACCAGCAGUUUACCAAAUGGAGGCUCCACGGAGAGUGACUGAGCAUUGUAUGUAUUCAGAUGGCCUGAUGUGGUAUGCUGCACAGAAACUCUCCCUCACUGCCAAUAAUAUUGUUUCCUCCUCUAGAGGUUUGCAGCUAGUGACAGACAAUUUUGUGAGAGUCUGCUGUGUUUCAUACAGAGCUGGAGUCCUGCUCCUCUUCCAUAUAAGCUUUUUUUUCUUUUUUCUUUUUUUUUGCUAGCUUUAAGAAUCUUUUAUUUUUAACUAAGAUAAAACAAAGCUUGUUUAGCAUUUAUCAGCUACAGCUCUCAUGACUCUUACCAAAAGGCACUCUACAAAAACCUAAUGAGAAAUAUAGUUUCUGAAUGCAAACAAAAUAUCAAUAGUUUUAUCAUAUGCUAUCAAGUCACUUGUCCAGUACCGCAGUAUAUUUAUUUAACAGAGGAGAAAACCUCGUUUUAUGUUUAUCUUUAGAAAUGCAUAUAAAGGCAACCCUCUGCAGCACAUGGUCACGGGCCAGGGUUUGUGGAACAGAGGCUAGUUUAAAAAUGGUACAGCUGUUUAUGACAUUAUGGUAGCGGGUAUUUCUUUGCUGAGCGGGAUAUGGUCCAAAAUCAGUAGAUUAAUUCAUCUGGUGUCAGUGUUUAAUUUAAGACGCCAUGAAAUAGUACCUUUACUUCCUUAAAGCUGUAUAAACUCCUUUUAACCGAUAGAAGGCAAAAAGAUGCUAAAACAAACCCAAAAAAUAGCCCUGAUAUGCCAUCAGUUUAUCAGUAGGUCAUGGCUAAUGAGUUAGCAUGUAGCACAGAAAAAAAAUUAGCAUGCUAUUGGAGUCAUGUUUCUGGGUAAUUGAUAAAAUGUAAGCACAGUUUUCACUUACUUUUUAGCUAUGAUUUGGAUUCUACCAACUAUGGUGAAAAAUAGCUGGGUGUUUAGCUUACUAAUUGCUAAACUCUCCUCACUAGCAACUCAUGUACACUGGCUUUCUGCAGCUUUGUGAUUGGCAGGUAGCAUGUAGCCGAUAUGCAUCUCUAAUUUGACUCAAACAUAUAGUUUACAUUUGCAAAAAGAACAAAAAAAGACCAAAAGGCCAUUCAAAAUUAUAAACUAGCUGGAGGUCAUUUGGGGAGAGAAUGGGAGGGAGUGGUUUUAAAUAUGUAAUGUAUUUAAGGGCUGAAAUUUAUAUUUACUCUCACCAGUUCAGCACCAAUGGUCACCAUUAAAGUCACCAUUGGGGUUACCAUUCAAGGAAGAAACCAUUUUCCAGGAAGCUCAAGGUCUCAUUCCAUGGUGUCUUUUAGGAAGUGUAAAUGCUAACUGACUGCAGCUGCAGCAGAGUCUGUCCUCCAGUUGUAUACACUCAUGUUCGGUUAAAUGCCUUUAUGCUCAGAACAAUACUGCUGCUCUUCCUAAAGCAUUAAAAGACAUUGUAUGACUGAACCUGAGCUCUAAUGUUGCUCCUCCAAUGCUGGAUUGCUUUUACUCCUACAAACAGUGGGUAGAGAAGGAAGUACGUGAGAGCACGAUGGAAGAAGCUUGUGAAUAGUUGAAAGCCCUUGGCUGUAGCCAUGGUGAACACUGUUGAGCUGUGAAGGCAGUAGUGUAUUCUCUUCUUCUCUCUGGGCUUGUUUUUGUUCUUAUUCGAGAUGACCAACAGAAAGACUCUUUGACUGUGCAGCUGUGCCAUAGUAACAGCAACUAUUGCUCACUCACUUGCUCAUCACCAUUCGUCCAACCACAGUUCGCCCUGCUUUCACUUAGAGGUUUGCAGAGAAUGGGCAGAAAGAGAAGAGAGACAGCUCAAGACCUUAUUUAGGGAAAUAGUUUGUGUUCCAUCAUCAUACACACUUUUAUCAACACCUGUCAACAAACUCUCCUUUCUUCUUUAGGUUUUCUGUCAAGCUAAAGGCAAACAAGGUCACUGAGUGACUUCAGGUUUGUCAUUGGAGCACAGCACACACAGCUAUGUCCACAUUUUUUUGACUUGUCUUGAAAGUUGACACUAGCCACACAGUGUACUGGUUCUUUUUUUAUAUGCUCAGUACUGCAGAAGUACUCAUUGUACCUCAUUGGCAAAGGACCAGAUAAUUACAUGACUGAUUUUAUUAUUCUGUAGUCAAAAUGUUUUACAUUGAUGAAUGACAGUGUUCAAUGACAGUGACUUUCCGUUUUAAUUAGAUAAGUUUGUCAUCUGUUUUCAUUUAUUGUUGCUUUUUUAAUGCUUAAAUAUAAAUUUCUUUUCAUAUGUACUGUGAAAACAUACUUUUCUAUGAUAAUUAUAAUUUGUUUGUGGAAAAUUGUUUUGUUUUUUCCUGAAGAGCGAAAACACUUAUCUCAUGAAUAUUUUAUGAGAAAUAAAAGGAAGUAUUUGUUAAUUAA